CGCAGUUUUGUUGCCGCUUACCUCAAGAGCGACAGUCCGAAUGAGCGAAUAAAACACGCAAAAAGUAGAUAGUAGCACGAGAAACAGAGAAGACAACGAGGAGACACGCAAGGAGACCAUUUAUUUUGACCAUCACAUUUACUUGUACUCAUCAAAGGAAUUAACUUGGAAGCUUCGUGACAAGAACCCUUUGAUAUUGAAGAUACUGAGCGACUAAAAAGGAUCAUCUUUAUUGUAUACAAGCGAAAAUAAUCAGUUCCUACUUGGGCGAUGGAACCUACUCAGUCAGAGAUGAACAUCUUAUCCAACGGGAAAAGUCACGACCUCGAAGGUGACUUGGGGAUGCCAAUGAAGACAUUGCUGGAAGAGGAUCAAAAUGGCACUCAAACAGUCAGAUUUGAUGAUAAUGAUGGAGGACUGGAAAAUGAGGAAUUUUUGCCCAAUGCGGCUGGAGAAAAACACAUACGCUUCAAAGAUUUUGAAGGAAAGACGUCUUUUGGGAUGUCCGUCUUCAACCUGGGUAAUGCUAUUAUGGGCAGUGGAAUCCUGGGACUGGCUUAUGCCAUGGCCAACACUGGUAUACUCCUCUUCUUGUUUCUUCUGACUGCAGUAGCAGCCUUGUCAUCUUACUCCAUUCAUCUGCUGCUGAAAUCCUCUGGCAUUGUGGGAAUUCGAGCUUAUGAACAGCUGGGAUACAGAGCCUUUGGCACUCCUGGAAAAAUGGCCGCUGGUAUAGCGAUUACCCUGCAGAAUAUUGGAGCUAUGUCCAGCUACCUGUACAUUGUUAAAUCUGAGUUACCGCUGGUCAUCCAAGCUUUCCUGAAGGCGGAUCCCAACUCUGAUCUGUGGUACUUGAAUGGAAACUAUCUGGUCAUCAUGGUCUCUGCCAGUAUCAUCCUACCCCUGGCUUUAAUGAAACAGCUCGGUUAUCUCGGCUAUACCAGUGGAUUUUCUCUCAGCUGUAUGGUGUUUUUUCUCUCUGCGGUUAUCUAUAAGAAGUAUCAGAUCCCCUGCCCAUUCGAGGAGUACUCAGCCAACACUACUGCUGCCCACCUCAGCCUGAAUGUCUCAAGCCACGGCCAUGAGUACAACAAUGGUCUGGUUCAUGAGGACGAUGACUCCCACUGCGCCCCACAAUUAAUCACCAUCAACUCACAGACAGCAUACACCAUCCCGAUCUUGGCUUUCGCCUUUGUUUGCCACCCUGAGGUCCUCCCCAUCUACACCGAGCUCCGGAAUCCAACGCAGAAGAAGAUGCAGAAGGUGUCCAACAUCUCCAUCCUUGUCAUGUACAGCAUGUACUUUCUGGCAGCUCUCUUUGGCUACCUGACUUUUUAUGGCAAAGUGGAACCUGAACUGCUGCACACAUACAGCCGGAUUGAUCCUUAUGACACUUUGAUCCUGUGUGUGAGAGUUGCCGUCCUCACGGCUGUGACGCUGACCGUCCCUAUUGUGUUGUUCCCUGUACGUAGAGCCAUCCUGCAAAUGGCAUUCCCCACAAAGUCUUUUCACUGGUUGCGUCACACUGCCAUUGCUGUCGUUCUGCUCACCAUCAUCAAUUUGCUGGUGAUAUUUGCUCCUAACAUUCUGGGCAUCUUCGGCAUCAUUGGUGCAACGUCGGCUCCCUGCCUCAUUUUUAUCUUCCCUGCUGUCUUUUACAUCCGCAUUGUUCCCAAAGAAGAUGAACCCAUGAACUCUGUUCCUAAGAUACUGGCGGCCUGUUUUGCAGCUUUGGGUGUCUCUUUCAUGGUAAUGAGUCUGAGCUUCAUAAUCAUCGACUGGACUACAGGAGGCGGCCUUGGUGCUGGAGGCCACUAGAUGCUGCUUCGGUGUUUGUGAGCUCUGGAAAGGGGGAAAAUAACUGGUCAAUGUUAAGGGAGCACCUCAGUUGGAUCACUUCAGGGCUGCACAGCACAGAGCCUGCAGGGGUUUGUAACAAAAUAUACAGUAUAGUAUGUCAGUUGGAAUCCCACUGUAAUUGAUAGAGUUAAGUUAGCAUUUUGUGAACAAAAUCCUUGCAUAACGACAUUCUAUAAUUCAUUUAACAUAGUGCAAUGGUAAUGCAAUUUUGUGUGAAUAAUCAGGACUAAACAGGGUCUUUUUUUUAUUACCAUCUGUUGGGGUUACCAUGACGGUGAAAUGGUCCUUUCCUGUUGCUUCCUCUUUAUUUACACACAAACAACUGCAGCUGGUACUGUACACAAAAGAAGGCAUGAUCGUCUGUUAGGCUGAAGACGGGAAUGCAUCCAGAUAUACAUGAGAAGUAACUUGUUAUUUUGUACACAUAUUUCAAUUAUUUUCCACAAGACACACAAAAUAUAAUAGUCAGAUGAUUUAAUCCUGACCAGCUGCUCUCUGUACUGUUUAUCAUGAUGUAAUAUAAAACAAAAAAGUGCUUUAAGGCGUUAGAGUGCAGGUGACAUUUGAUUUAAUGAUCUGUAGAGUUGUUGCAUCACAUUAAGCUUUUGUUCCAGAUCAGCUAACUCUCUUCAGAAACCCUGGUGCCUUAUAGCAUUUGGAACAGCACACAAACACACAGCAAAAACAGGAUUGUAUAUUUAUUUAGCUACUAUAUCCGUUUUUAAUUUCAAAUGGACUAUAUUUAACUACUGUAUAUGAUAAAGGCAAUGAUCCAAAUUUAUCGUAUAUCAGUUUUUGUUUAAGCUUAAAGUAUAUAAAUGAUGGAGAAAAUAUUUAGAUUUUUUUAUAAAAUAAAAAGAGAUUGAUCUUAGCAUUUCAUACCUCCCCUUACAGAACUUUUUGCUCAGAUAUGCCAAACUGUGACCUUAAAUAUAUACAGUACAGCUCAAGUUUUAAACUGCCAGUUCACGUGUGAAUCUAGCUCUUAAAUCUCUUGAAUUUUUGAUACCCCCUUUAUAUUUCUCAUUAAGUUUUUAUAAAUUCAGAAUUCUCUUUUUUUCCACACUAAAUAGAAUUUAAAUCUUAAAUGAAAUUAAGAGUUUUUUAUAAUACACAUAUUCACAUUCUUGCGAACAGUUCAAUUAGAAUAUUGAUACUUUAAAAGUUAAAAGCCUCCCAAACCCUCUAAAGCUCACUAACUAACACUUAAUAUCCAGAAGUCACCUACCUCUAGUGAAAUAUGGUUUCCAGCCAUGCAGAUAGUUUUGGUUGUACUUGCUCAGGUCUUGAGUUACACUCAAAAAGUAAGUGGACACCUAAGCAAUGCAAAUAUCUUAGAACUUCUUAAAAUAAAACAAGAAAACUUUCUUUACUAGACACCACUUUGGGUCAGUUAGAAAAUAUGAUUUUUUAAAAUAAUUUGGUUGAACCCACCCAAACUCGAUCAAUGUUAUAUUUGUUUUGAAAAUGUAUUAUGAUUUUGUGAUUCUGUCGUAACAUUUUUGCCGUACUGGUUUGUAAUAUUUUGAUCUGCUUUCACCCUUGUUGACUAGUUAGACCUGAGGUUAAUGUUUUGCAUGUUGUUAUGUCCAGUCUGUCCUGCAGUUCAUAUAGUGAACUUAGAGAUUGACCUUCUGACACUGUCAUACAUAGAUGUUAUUGUAAAACUGUACAUUUGGCAUCUUACAGUGAAGUGUAUUGAAGUCCCAUUCUGUGCUUUAUUUAAUAUAAGUAUUAUGAAGCCGUUCUUAAAAGAUGCUACAUGAAAUAAUGAUUCAAACAUUACAGUGGUCAGUGAUGACACAUUCAUGGAUACUUAAUUCUUCAGGUGAAUUCUGAGACUCUCUAUGGAACUACAACAUGCAUAUAAGUUCAUUUUUUACAAAUUAAAUUUCAUAAUUUACAAAUCACAAAUCAACAAGUUUGAAAACAGUAAAAAGGUUUAAACCUUGAAUAAAAACUCAGAGAAAAGUUAUAACAAAUAUUUGCUGCUCUUAUCCAAAGGUUGUCUUGUAUUGUAUCAAAAGUCUCAGGCUUCAGAAAAGUCCUGCGUAAAUCAUUACUUCUCCAAAUGUAUUUAUAUAGUAACUAUUCCUUUAGUUGUUUAGAUUUUUAUGGAUAAAUUAUGAAUAACAGCCUAGGAAAUACUUAUGCACAUAUCAACCGCCGUCCCUUGCUUUUCCACAUGUAUUUACAGUGGUUGUAGUAGUGUAUGUGACAGUUUAGUUUUGUCAUGUUCAGUGAACAGAGUUUUUCUUCACUUUAAGGUGUCAUGCCAAAACAAAAAACUGACUACAUACUGCUUUGAAAAUGCCUUUAACUUUUAAGCAGGUACCACAGUUUUAGACACAGUAUGUCAAAUAUGCAUUUUUCAUGUACCUAAACAAUUUUGGGUGAUAUUUUAUCAUAGCUGUUGUUCAAGACAUAUAUCUAUGGAAAUUACACAACUAUAAUAUAAUAAGGUAUAUGAAUUGUGGUGAAUAAGAUGUGGCUUUAUAUAAAUAAUGUAUAUAAAUGUUAACCUUUUAUAUUUGUGAUGCAUAUUUACAAUAGCUUGUAAAGUGUAAAUAGCAGGGACAGUUUUAGUUUGCCAAUAAAAUAAUUG